CCGCCCAGUCCCUUCCAACCUCCUUCUCUCUCUCUCCAGUUCCUUCAGGUAAUCCUACUCAAACUUGUACCAACUCGUUUUUGACUGACAGGGAACAGUGAGAGCGUCUCCUUCCUUCUGAGGGAACCCAAACACCUAUCUCUCCCAGGGCGACCUGCAGGGACGGCUCCUUCCUUUGCCCGGCCAGAAGCGCACCUCCAGCCAGGAGCCAGCCUCCUCGCCAGGCAGGCAGGCGACAGCAGAGUCCCAUGGUAGCCAGGUGGCUGAAGGGGAGCCGGGACCGUCUGCCUGCCUUGAAGAAGACGGCUUCUGACCUGCUGAGUGGUCCCAAGAGCCUGCCGAUGGACCCGAUGCACCUCAGCAUGUCCAGUGCUGCCCUGGUAAAGCACACGGCUGGACCUGGACUCAAGUCCCACAGACCUCGGGUCAUGUCCAAGAGCGGACACAGCAAUGUGCGCAUCGACAAAGUGGACGGCAUCUACUUGCUCUACCUUCAGGACCUGUGGACGACCGUGAUCGACAUGAAGUGGAGGUACAAGCUCACCCUGUUCGCUGCCACGUUUGUGAUGACCUGGUUCCUUUUUGGAGUGGUGUACUACGCCAUCGCGUUCAUUCAUGGGGACUUAGAGGCGAGGGAGCCCGUCGCAAACCGCACCCCCUGCAUCAUGAAGGUGGACUCGCUCACGGGGGCAUUUCUCUUCUCCCUGGAGUCACAGACGACCAUAGGCUACGGCGUCCGCUCCAUCACGGAGGAGUGCCCUCAUGCCAUUUUCCUGCUGGUGGCGCAGCUGGUCAUCACGACCCUGAUAGAGAUCUUCAUCACAGGCACCUUCCUGGCCAAAAUCGCCAGACCCAAGAAGCGGGCCGAGACCAUCAAGUUCAGCCACUGCGCUGUCAUCACCAAGCAGAAUGGGAAGCUGUGCUUGGUGAUCCAGGUGGCCAACAUGCGGAAGAGCCUCCUCAUUCAGUGCCAGCUCUCGGGCAAGCUCCUGCAGACCCACGUCACCAAGGAGGGGGAGCGGAUCCUCCUCAACCAGGCCACCGUCAAGUUCCACGUGGACUCCUCCUCAGAGAGCCCCUUCCUCAUUCUGCCCUUGACGUUCUACCACGUGCUGGAUGAGACCAGCCCCCUGAGGGACCUCACCCCCCAGAACCUGAAGGAAAAGGACUUCGAGCUCGUGGUGCUCCUCAAUGCCACCGUGGAGUCCACCAGCGCCGUCUGCCAGAGCCGCACGUCCUACGUCCCCGAGGAGAUCUUCUGGGGCUUCGAGUUCGUGCCCGUGGUCUCUCUGUCCAAAAACGGGAAGUACGUGGCCGACUUCAGUCAGUUCGAGCAGAUCCGGAGGAGCGCCGAUUGCACGUUCUACUGCGCAGACUCGGAGAAGCAGAAGCUGGAGGAGAAGUACAGGCAGGAGGAUCAGCGGGAAAGAGAACUGAGAACGCUUUUGCUGCAACAGAGCAAUGUCUAAGGGUGGGGCGCCCCGGCCUGGGUUUCGCCCUGCCGCGGGCUCCGCACCCGAGCUCCCUUCCGACAAAAACGCGUGGGUGCACUCUAAAAAAACACCCAACCGUGCAGACGUGCAAAAUCUAUCUUUUCCUUUGAUCCGGUGGCUAAGCAAGAGUCUCCGCCUUUAAGAGGGUUCCUUGUUUAAAUGCUUUUUGUCUGAAACGAACUCCCAAAAUCCCACUUUUCUAAAAUGGGGCUACAUUUCGAGGACCUUGGUGUAUGGCAAUUGCAAAAGGGUCCUGCUGGGUGGCCAGAGACAUUCAGCAGUGCUGAUCGUGAAUGGCAAUGCUUUUCUGCAUGAGGAUAGCAGCUGUGAUAUAAGGUAUUUAUUCAACCCAACUGUCGAAGACAUUAUGGCCGAGACUUGAAAUGGGGUUCACUACUCACUUAUAUCAUUGCUUUAAAACACUCUUUGUUUUCCCUCAGGCAGAGAAAAUGUUAUAUAGACUGGAGGCUGUCUGGUAAUAGAGAAAAUGGAGCAGGGGGAUUCUGUACCACAAAAUAUAACAAUGCCAUUGUUACCUUUUUUCCAGUGGGUUCAAUUGUGUUGCGUAAAAUCCAUCAACCAGGAGUUGAGGGGCAUGGAGGCAGAUGCAAAUGGACCUGAGGCUAUUGGCUCACUCGUUUUCUGUUGGAACAUGCCCCUUCUGUCCAAAAUGCGGACCACAGACCAGCAGCGUCAAGCCCCAUCUGGGGGCUUAUUAGUAACAUAGAUGCCCAGGCCCCACCCAACUUAGAGAAUCAGAGUUUGUAUCUUAAUAAGACCCCCAAGUGACUUGUGCACCAAUGAGUUUGGGAAGCUCCUCUGUGGGCAGUGGGUUCAAGGAACCUUCUGAAUCCGUGGGACUGUGUGGGUCCCAGGUCCACGCGGCCCCCAGACCUGCCCUUCCUUCGGUUCAUUCUUAGGGACCACACUUCCUUUCAGCCACUUCUUUCCUUAUCUGUUAAAAUGCCUUGUCCCCACAGGAAGUGCCACUGACAUUCUGGGAGCAAAAUAAAACUCUUGCAAGUAACGGCUGUCUCAUCCAUGCUAAGUAUUGUACAGGGUUGUGGAGAGCAGUGAGAACGAAAGGAAAAUUAAGCUGGGUAAGGGCCAGAAAUCUGCUCAGAGGCUGAAAUCUAGAAAGUUGAAUGGUCCCGCAAGAACAGGAGUGGCGGGGAUAAUUCAUACACAGAUGGGUCCGGGAAGCACAGACAAAACCUGACCAUCGGAUAACACAUCAAGGAUGUCCUCAGUGUCUAAACAAAUCUUGAGCAACUCAGUGUUAUGGAGUAACACUUUGCCUUUGGCAGAACUUAGGGACCAGGCACCCUGCCUUUCUUUGGUGCAGAGGAUAGAUGGGCUAAGAUUGGCUAAAUGUACAAAAGGUGAAUUCUCAUUUCAUUCAAAAUGGGAUGGAUUUGUAUGUUCACUCAAGAAGCAUGGGACUGUGUGUAGGUGCUACAUGGACAUGCAUGUGAGCCCACAUGUGUACACACGGGCAUGCACAUACACACAGGGACUCACACACAGGCUCUUGAAGCACAAUUGUGGAAAUUGUGGGACUCCUCUAGGCUUGGGGACACCGGGACUCGGAGGACGCAGGGGGGCAGUCUGGAUUCAGACUGUCGGUGAUUGAUAAUGUAAACCACUGGCCAGUCUGGCCGUCUCUUGGUGCCGCCUCAUUUUCAAAGGUCCUUCAUCAAACCGACAAACAGAAAAUGUGGCCAACGCCUCUGAGAGGGACUGCCCAUCGCACAGAGGGGUCUGCAGCUGGAGGGGCUUGGAGAGCGUUCUCAGUGCAC